AUGUUGCGACACUUGAAAAAUCACCGCGCGCCAAUCGUUACCGCGGCGUCAAGUCGUAUCACAACGCAUCACGCCGCAUCACACCGCGUCACAACGCAUCACAACGCAUCACAAUGCAUCACAACGCAUCACAAAGCAUCACAAUGCAUCACAACGCAUCACAACGCAUCACAAAGCAUCACGCCGCGUCACAACGCAUCACAACGCAUCACGCAACGCGUCACACCGUCAAGCCGCAUCACAACGCAUCACACAGCAUCACACAGCAUCACACAGCGUCACAACGCAGCACAAAGCAGCACAACACAUAACAACGCAUCACAACGCAUCACAAAGCAUCACACCGCAUCACAACGCAUCACAACGCAUCACACAGCAUCACAACGCAUCACAACGCAUCACAACGCAUCACACCGCAUCCCAAAGCAUCACAUCACGCAUCACAACGCAUCACAACGCAUCACAACGCAUCACAACGCAUCACAAAGCAUCACAACGCAUCACAACGCAUCACAACGCAUCACAACGCAUCACAACGCAUCACAACGCAUCACAACGCAUCACAACGCAUCACAACGCAUCACAACGCAUCACAACGCAUCACAACACAUCACAACGCAUCACAAAGCAUCACAACGCAUCACACCGCAUCACAACGCAUCACAACGCAUCACAACGCAUCACAAAGCAUCACAACGCAUCACAACGCAUCACAACGCAUCACAACGCAUCACAAAGCAUCACAAAGCAUCACAACGCAUCACAACGCAUCACAACGCAUCACAACGCAUCACAACGCAUCACAACGCAUCACAAAGCAACACGCUGCGUCACGCCGCAUCACAAAGCAUCACAACGCAUCACAAAGCAUCACACCGCGUCAUAACGCAUCACGCCGCAUCAUGCCGCCAUAUUAUUCACUUUCUGGGCUCUCAGACUGUAUAUUACUGUGGAAUGAGUGAAGACCACAGCGCUCACUCACCACUUAAGAACCAAUAA